AAGAAGCCAUCUCGGAGUGAUGUCGGCGGUACUUUGUUGACAGAGAACCGGAGAUACAACCCGGGGAAGUUGAGGUCGGCUCCAGGAUUCCCAGCACGCGGGUCUCUGGUUAGUUUGGUAACCCCCAGAUCAGGUUCAUUUUAACAAGCUAGGAAAAUCAGUUAUGACGACAUGGCUCCAUACAGUCGGGUGCUGCUUGACUCGUUUGGCGUGGAAAGGGGUCCGGUCCCGCAACACGAGAAUAACAC